UGAAAAUAUCCAGGCGCCUUCUUUAGUUGCCUGACACAAGCGGUAUUUCAAACAAACAAGAUGGCCUGUACGAAAACUAAACGUAGAGCUCGUACUCGCACUCAGCGGUUCACUUCGAAUGUCUUUUCUAUGUUUAAUGAAGCUCAAAUUAGCGAGUUCAAGGUAAGCUUAUAACUUUCUUAGGAACAAUAUUCAAUGUCAUAAUGUAUUUUCCAGUCGUUGGAAAAUUAUUCAUUUUGUUGGUAAAAGUCAUGCACUGGCUUAUUUCAUAAACCUCUAUUAUGUCAACAGAUAACUGUUACACUCUUUUGACUGGCACUGAGUUCAAUAACUUUGUUUGAAACUGGGUUUAAUUUUGAAAACAUACAGACAUGCGGCUUUCAUCACUUUCGCAUCUGAAAGCCGGCGAUUAAAAAUUAUGCUGUUCACUCAUGAAUCUCCACAAUAAUCUCUUCCUCUCUCCUUGUUAGCAGGAUGUAGAAGCAUUCCUUAUGAUUGAUUCAACUAAAGAUGGUGUUAUUGAUAAGCAUGACUUAGAAGAUAUUUUCAUCUCUUUGGGAAAAUCACCAAACGAUGAGUAUUUAAACGAUAUGCUUUCACAAGCACCCGGUCAAAUAAAUUUCACAAUGUUUUUAACAUUAUUUGGUGAGAAAAUGAUGGGGUGUGAUCCGGAAGAAACGAUUUUAAAUGCCUUCGCUUGUUUUGAUCCUGAGGGGACAGGUGUAAUAAAUGAGAAACGUUUACGUGAAUUAAUGACUACAAUGGGGGAUAGAUGGUCUAAUGAGAAAGUUGAUGAAUUAUUCCAUGGUGCACCGAUUCAAGAUGGAAAUUUCGAUUAUAAAGAAUUUACACGAAUGAUUAUGCAUGGACAAGAAGAAGAAGAAGGUCAAACAAACCAAACAUAAUUUUAUUAUGAACUGAUCCUUUAUAUAGCUGACAGCAAAUUGAAUUUUAUAUUCAUCACACUUUCUAACUUUUCAAAAUAUAUACACACGCAUACAUUCAUUUUUGCUAAUCUGUUGUAUUUCUUUUUUUACAUUCCAUUUCUACUCUACUCAUUGCUUGCUACUAUUUGUGCCUUAACGAAAAAACACCAAGAAAUAUGUCUUUAAAUGCAUAAAAGCUUUUCUUUUAAAUGAAUUACAUAGCCUUAAGUUAUUUUACAGAUGACCUUUUAAUGUGAACGCAAGCUUUUUGGUCGCCUUCAAUAAGUCAAAGUUUUUAUGUUAUCCUUCAAUUUUGAAUUUGGUUUUCGUGUCAUAUUUCAGGAUAGAUACGAAAAGCAUUGAUAGUCAGUAAAUUCCUCAUUCAUCAAGUCAAGUCAUUUUCGAUAUAUUAGCCCAGAAUUGAGUUUUGUGAAAGUUUAACUCGUCUCUGGAGAGGAAUACCAGUUAGUUAAUACGAUUGCGCCUUCUUGCACACUAGUUUUCUCAACAUUUAAUGUUGACUGGAGCGGAAUACUAAUAGAAGGGUUUUGAUUAAUAUGUAUUUUAGAUGUGAUUAAAAUUAGUAGGAUUUCGAAUUACUGAUCUGCACACCUACAGGUCUGAUGCUGAUGUUAGAG